UAAUCGCCAUUUCCCCUCUCUUCUUCUUCUUCCUCUGCUCUCUCUGCUUCAGAAGAUAAAAAUUCUUCGGCGGGAAGCCGAUUCAGAGAAGUUCUUGCUACCAUGCUGACUACCGUUGUUCCCAUUCACGCGCCGCUGGUGCUCUUGACCUCCCCGACCUCCUCCAGAAGCAUUCACAAGCUCUCCACUGUCACCGCUUUUUGGAGAAUGUCGAUGAAUUCUGGGUCUUUCCAGACCAAGAAGAGGGAAGAGCUUUCGUUACCCAUACAACACCCUGCAGCUUUUGAUCCAAAAGGGGACGACACGCCCAAACUGCCUGAUCUGCGCUUUGACCGCCUGCAGAUACCAGAGCAGGAUUUGGUGGACGUUGACAAGAUGGAGUUCAGACAAUUCUUUGCUAGAGAGGCUUUAAUUGCUUUAAUACUGGUUAAUCUGAUGCUGAGCAAUGACUCCAAUUUGGCUUCUUCUGGUAUAAACAAGGAUUCCACUGAAUUAUCUAUUUACUGGCUCUAUUUCCUUAAUUGGUGGCAGGAGUUCCUUGACAUUAGAAGGCGAUCCAUUGGUCCUUUUGGCCAACAGUUUAAGUGCAUAAUCACAGUACGUGCUUCCUUCGUCUUGAGUUCUGAGAAAGCAAGGAGGGAUGGUGAAACCCACAAUACUGAGGAGUGUGGUUGGGACUUUGGACUUGAGCAUCCGCUGGUUGCUGCCUGGAGAGAUCUUCCCUGGGUAUAUGGAAAGGCUCCUCACUUGGGCAACAUCCACAGAGGAGGGGAAGACAUAUAUGGUUACGUCUCCAACUUGGUGGUCGCGGAGUUUGCUCGUCGUCGUGGGAUAGCAACUAACAUGAUGCAGUUUGCAAUUGAAACGACCAAGUCUAAUGGUGUGGAACUUCUGUAUGUUCACGUGGAUAGAAACAAUAGACCUGCACUACAACUUUAUGAGAAGAUGGGAUUUGAGAUGAUUGAAGAGGCAAGUGAAGGACGGGUGGAAGACAACACUUACCUCCUACGAAGCAUUUUGUAAAGAUGAAUACAGAUUUUGAGAUACAGGAAAGGAGUUUAGUGUACAGAGCAGAGAAACAGCACUGCAUAGGCCAGAGUUUAUUACUAGUUUUGCAAGGAAUUUGAUAUGAUAAUAUUUGUAGGCUUAGAUUUGGCAAUUCAGCACCAACCUCCACACAAACAUUUCUUGAGAGGGAAGCAUACCAAUACCAUGUAUAGAUCUAUUAUAGUUUCAGAACAGUACUUUGUACAUAAAGCUGAUGUUCAUUACUUGCUACCAGUGACUACUUCAGGUUUAAUACAAAUACAUGGUGUCUCAUUCGAUUCAA